AUGAUGGCCGUAAGGUCAUUAUUUCUUUUAUCUCGUCGUGAUCUUCUGAUGGUUGACUUCAAUCCAUCUUUUUCCUUUGAUACGGGUUGCACUGAAUCUAUAUCUCCUGAAUUUUCCAAUAUUUCAUUUGAUAAAAAUGUCUCUACCUACAAUGUUGAUGCAUUAAUCGAACAAUAUCGCUCCGCAAAUGCCAAUGACCUUAGCGAUCUUAUUGAUGAUGAACAUGGAACUGAAAAAACUGUAAAAGUUGAAGGCAAUCAGUCCAUUGAUUCCGUUCGUGAGAAGGCUAAGCGCAAACCUAAUAAGCGCCGCGAAGCAGAGAAGGAAGAUGAGCAAUUUAAUUUUUCUCAGUCAGUUUCCAAGUACACUGCUUUGGAUUCUUUCAUCUCUUUCAAGCUUUCUAAACCGUUAUUAAAAGGUCUUACCGAGAUGAAAGUUUUUACCCCCACUCCAAUUCAGUGUGCUUGUAUCCCGUUGGGUUUACUUAAUCGCGAUAUCUGUGCUUGUGCGCGAACUGGAUCUGGUAAAACUCUUGCCUUCCUUCUGCCUAUUCUUGAGAGGUUGGUUUUUGCACCCUUAGCUGCUCGUAAAUCCACCAAAGCUCUGAUUAUCAGCCCAACUCGCGAAUUGGCUGUUCAGAUUUUUAAAGUUGCCGAGCAGUUGGCCAAACACUGUCCACGGCUGAAAAUCCAACUCGCGGCUGGUGGUUUAGAUUUAUCCUCUCAAGAGGCCUCCUUGAGAACCAACCCAGAUAUUGUUGUUGCUACCCCUGGUCGUCUUAUUGAUCAUCUCUCCAAUGUACCAAAUUUCUCCCUCGAUGGAAUUGAAUAUUUGGUUUUAGAUGAAGCUGAUAAACUUCUUGAUGAAUAUUUCACGGAGCAAAUUAAAGAAAUUAUUCGUCACUGCAGCACACGCAGGCAGACUAUGCUCUUCUCGGCCACAAUGACUGAAACAGUCCGUGAAUUAGCUACUGUUUCGCUCAAAGAUCCGGUAAAAAUCUUUCUGAAUCAGUCUACCGCCGUGGCUACGCAUUUGGACCAGGAGUUUGUGCGAAUUCGGCCACAUCGAGAAGUUGAUAGAGAGGCGAUCUUAGCUGCUCUCUUAGUGCGAUCUUUCCGACGUCGCACUAUUGUUUUCUUACCCACAAAGAAGGACUGUCACCGAAUGCAUAUCCUCUUGGGUUUGAUUGGUGUAAAGUGCGCAGAAUUGCAUGGCGAUAUGAAUCAGUCGCAGCGUUUAGAGGCAUUGAGGCGUUUCACCGAUGCGGAUACUCUUCAUUUAGGACAGAUGUCUGCUUCUCAAGCUACAUUGACAAAUUCACCUCCACCGGUUGAUGUCCUCCUUGCUACGGAUUUAGCUUCCCGCGGUUUGGAUAUUCCGGGUGUUCUGACUGUUAUUAAUUACAAGUUACCCAAGGACAUCAAAUCCUAUAUACAUCGAGUUGGUCGAACCGCCCGUGCUUCCAAUUCUGGCCGAGCUGUCUCUUUGGCUGGUGAGGAGGAUAGAAAGCUACUUAAAGACAUCGUCAAAGAUGCCCCCUAUCCCGUCAAAACUCGCGUUAUCCCUGCAGAUGUCAUCUCAAAAUUUCAGACACUGAUAGACAAAGUGAAACCACAUGUUGAGGAAAUCCUAACUGCAGAGAUUGAGGAGCGCGAAUUAAAUGCAGCUCAAAAACAGUUGGAGAAGGCGGAAAACUUGGCUAAAAAUAAGGGUGCAAAUCAGGAGGCGGUCUACAGGCCCCAGCGAACUAACUGGUUCUCAGAGAAGCGAGAAACGGAAAAAGCCGCCAAACGAAAAAUGAAAACCGCCAAGAAAAACCAACCGAAAGAAAAGAAACAACGCAGAAAGUAA